CUUAUUUCAUAUAUUACGCUCUUGCGCCUUAAUACUUCCUCUUUCUUUCACGCGACCCUAACGCGCGAUAAAAAAAAACCCUUGUCUUUAAACCGGCUGUUAAGCGAUCCUUGGAAGCACUGCAAAGAUGCCCAGGGAAGACAGGGCCACGUGGAAGUCCAGUUAUUUUAUGAAAAUCAUCCAACUCCUGGAUGACUUUCCAAAAUGCUUUAUUGUGGGUGCAGACAAUGUGGGAUCCAAGCAGAUGCAGGCUAUUCGUAUGUCUCUGCGUGGCAAAGCUGUGGUGCUGAUGGGUAAAAACACCAUGAUGCGCAAAGCUAUCCGUGGUCACCUGGAGAACAACCCUGCCCUUGAAAAGCUUCUGCCUCACAUCAAAGGAAAUGUUGGCUUUGUCUUCACCAAGGAGGACCUGUGUGAGGUCAGGGACAUGCUGCUGGCCAACAAGGUACCUGCAGCUGCCCGUGCUGGAGCCAUUGCCCCCUGUGAUGUGACUGUGCCAGCCCAGAACACUGGUCUGGGUCCUGAAAAGACCUCUUUCUUCCAGGCUCUGGGUAUCACCACCAAGAUUUCUAGGGGAACCAUUGAAAUCUUGAGUGAUGUCAACCUGAUCAAGACUGGUGACAAGGUUGGUGCCAGCGAGGCCACACUCCUCAACAUGCUGAACAUCUCGCCCUUCUCUUAUGGACUGCUUAUUCAGCAAGUGUAUGACAAUGGCAGUGUUUACAGCCCUGAGGUGCUUGAUAUCACAGAGGAAUCUCUGCAUACGAAGUUCCUGGAGGGUGUAAGGAACAUUGCUAGUGUGUGUCUGGAGAUUGGCUACCCCACUUUGGCCUCUGUCCCUCACUCUGUCAUCAAUGGCUACAAGAGAGUCCUGGCUGUUGCUGUGGAGACAGAUUACUCCUUCCCCCUUGCAGACAAGGUCAAAGCUUACCUGGCUGACCCAUCUGCCUUUGCUGCUGUCGCAGCCCCUGCAGCAGCAGCUGAGACUGCUGCAGCUCCAGCUGCUGCCAAGGAAGAGGUCAAGGAGGAGUCUGAGGAAUCUGAUGAUGACAUGGGCUUCGGUCUGUUUGACUAAAUCAAAGGGCACCAAAGUAAAAUCGAGUCUCAAUAAAACUUUGACACUUA